GUGGCGAGUUUCGCGCGCGGGUGGCGAGCGUGAGGGUGGCGUCUUCCCGCAGCGGAUGAGAGGCUCUUCCCCCCGCAUCUCGGACUGAGCGGGAGUAGAAGGCAGCGAGCGGCUUUCCUUCCAGGAGCGGCCGGUGCAGCUGCCCAGUCAUGGCUGUGGUGGGCUUCGAUCUAGGCUCGCAGAGCUGCUACAUCGCGGUGGCGAGAGCCGGCGGAAUAGAGACCGUGGCCAACGAGUUCAGCGACCGAUGCACUCCAUCAGUGGUGUCAUUUGGGUCCAAAAACAGGGCAAUUGGAGUAUCUGCUAAAAAUCAACUAAUUACACAUGCUGACAACACAGUAUAUAAUUUCAAGAGGUUCCAUGGUCGUACAUAUAACGAUACUUUUAUUCAGAAGGAAAAAGAGCAUGUGAGCUACUGUGUAGUUCCAAUGAAGAAUGGGAGUGUUGGAAUAAAGGUAACAUAUAUGGAUGAAGAACAUUUAUUUAGUGUAGAGCAGAUAACAGCUAUGCUGUUGACUAAGCUGAAGGAGACAGCUGAAAAUAACCUCAAAAAACCUGUAACAGAUUGUGUUAUUUCAGUGCCAUCAUUUUUCACUGAUGCUGAAAGAAGAUCACUGCUUGAUGCAGCUCAGGUUGUUGGACUAAAUUGUCUCAGGCUAAUGAAUGAUAUGACAGCUGUGGCACUGAACUAUGGGAUUUACAAGCAGGACCUUCCAGCUGCAGAAGAGAAGCCACGAUUAGUGGUGUUCAUAGAUAUGGGCCAUUCAGCAUUUCAAGUAUCAGCCUGUGCUUUUAACAAGGGAAAACUCAAGGUUCUUGGCACAGCUUUUGAUCCUUUUCUGGGAGGAAAAAACUUUGAUGAAAAACUAGUGGAUUACUUCUGUGCUGAAAUAAAAUCCAAGUACAAACUAGACCCAAAAUCAAAAAUACGAGCCCUCCUUCGUUUAUAUCAAGAGUGUGAGAAGCUGAAAAAGCUAAUGAGCUCAAACAGCACAGAUAUUCCACUUAAUAUUGAAUGUUUUAUGAAUGAUACAGAUAUCUCUUCAAAGAUGAAUAGAUCCCAAUUUGAAGAAUUGUGUGGUGAUCUUCUGCAAAGAAUAGAGAUUCCCCUUCAUUCCUUGAUGGAGCAAAUCCAACUCAAAGUGGAGGAUGUGAAUGCUGUUGAAAUUGUGGGUGGAGCCACACGUAUUCCAGCUGUUAAAGAGAAGAUAGGGAAGUUUUUUGGCAAAGAUGUCAGCACAACACUGAAUGCAGAUGAAGCAGUUGCAAGAGGCUGUGCAUUGCAGUGUGCAAUUCUGUCUCCAGCUUUUAAAGUUAGAGAAAUCUCCAUCACAGAUGCAGUUACAUUCCCAAUAUCAUUGAUGUGGAGCACAGAGUUUGAAGAAGGUGAUGGGAUUCAUGAAGUUUUCAGCAGGCAUCAUCCAGCUCCUUUUUCCAAGGUCCUGACAUUUUACAGAAAAGGACCACUUGAACUCCAAGCAUUUUAUUCUGAUCUCAGUAGUGUACCCUACCCUGAAAAAAAGAUAGGCAAAUAUAUCAUCCAGAAUAUUGCCACUCAGAAUGAUGGAGAGAAAACGAAAGUUAAAGUUAAAGUUCGCAUCAAUACUCAUGGCAUUUUUAGUGUGUCUACUGCAUCAAUGGUGGAGCAGAUGAAAACAGAAGAGAAUGAAAGUUCCAGUAUUGAGGCUGAAAUAGAACCUCAGAAUCAAAAGCUUGAGAGCUGUAAUAAGAAUAUCCAGCAAGGCAACACUGAGGCUGGAGCUCAGUCCCAGGUACAAACAGAUGGUCAGCAAACAUCUCAGUCUCCCCCUUCUGAGGCUCCCUCUGAAGAAAAUAAAAUCCCCAGUGGCGAAAAAGGAAAUGAAAAGAAAAGUGAUCAGCCUCCAGAAGCUAAGAAACCCAAAAUAAAAGUGAAAAAUGUUGAGUUGCCUAUUGAAGCUAAUUUAGUAUGGCAGCUUGGGAAGGAUCUGCUGAAUAUGUACAUUGAAACGGAGGGCAAAAUGAUCAUGCAGGACAAACUGGAGAAGGAAAGAAAUGAUGCAAAGAAUGCAGUUGAAGAAUAUGUUUAUGAUUUUAGAGACAAGCUGUCUGGACCCUAUGAAAAAUUUGUGUGUGAGCAGGAUCGCCAGAAUUUUUCUAUGCUACUGUCAGAAAUAGAAGACUGGCUAUAUGAAGAAGGAGAAGACCAAGCUAAACAAGUCUAUAUGGACAAACUGACUGAGUUAAAGAAAUUUGGGACUCCUAUUGAAAUCAGAUAUCAAGAAGCAGAGGAGCGGCCAAAGCUGCUAGAGGAGAUGGGGCAUAAGCUCCACAUCUAUGCUGGGAUUACAGAAGAAUAUAAGAACAACGAUGAGAAAUAUAUUCAUAUUGACAAAACUGAAAUGAAUAAAGUAGAGAAGUGCAUCAGUGACACAACAGAAUGGUUAAACAACGUUCUGAGCAUCCAAGCUAAACAGAGUCUUGAUCAGGAUCCUGUUGUCCGUGUAAAUGAAAUCAAAAGAAAGCUGAAGGAACUACACAAUGUAUGUGAGCCCAUUGUAACCCAACCAAAGCCACAAGUAGAUUCUCCUAAACAGGAAGAGCCACCAGAUACGCCUUUCAUUAACAAAACUGAAGAUUUAGAAGAUGAAAUCAAAAACAUUGAGACAACACAACAAAAUGGUGACUGCCAUAUGAAUGAGAGCCCAGUUAGCAUGGACUUGGACUAGACUAUUGCAUUUCAGUGAGCAAUUUCAUUGUGGGAAAAUGUAUUAUGUGAUAUUAGGGAAGAUAUGUUUGGGGAGCUAUUUAUAUUUUGGAAUUCUGUUGUAUUAUGUGGGGAAUGAAUAUAUUGACAAGCUAGAAGUUGAAAUCAUGAUAAUUCUAAAAGGAAAAUUGCCUUGGUAACUUUCAGAUUCCUGUGGAAUUGUGAACAUUGACUAAAAUCUUCUGUGCAGGAAUUUAACCUUUUGUAUCAAUUAAGGCUAAAGUAUCUUGAAAUUGUUGCAAAAGGCACUGCUCCUUUGAAAAGAGUGCACCUAGAGCUUUUGUAGAUGCCAAGGUAGUUUUUCUUUUGUCUCCAUUUUUGUUAUGUUUCUUCCACUGAAGAGGCAUUCAGUCAGAAGCAAAAUGAAAGCCAAGCUUUAAAAAGUUAUUUGUAUCAUUGUUCAAAAUGUUUGCUAGAAGAUGAGAACAAGUAUGUGAAGCAGCAUGCAGAAUUGCUUACAUUUCAUUUUCAUGUGUGGAAAACCAGAUGAAGGUAAUACAUGGAUUUUGUUGUUGGUUCCUGUGAUGCCUUUAGUGAGCUUUAAUAAAGUUCAUUGAAAUGGUUAUGAUUCUUAAA